GUAAUUUAAUAGUCACGAUGUAAACGGGAUCGUCUUUAUUAUUUCUCCCAGCGCCCUCUCUCUCAUUUUGCGUUGUUCUCAGGCUGCUUAACUUUCUCUCUCAUCUUCAUCUUCCUCAUACGAUACUAGAUCCCUCUGCUAAAUCUGCCUGCAGGGGUUUAUAAAGCCUUUGCAAGAUGGGAUUGACAUUCACCAAGCUCUUCAGUCGGCUAUUUGCCAAGAAAGAGAUGCGUAUCCUUAUGGUAGGUUUGGAUGCGGCUGGUAAGACAACUAUCUUGUACAAGCUUAAGCUUGGAGAGAUUGUGACCACUAUUCCAACCAUUGGAUUUAAUGUAGAAACUGUUGAGUACAAGAACAUCAGUUUCACUGUGUGGGAUGUUGGGGGUCAAGACAAGAUUCGUCCAUUGUGGAGGCAUUAUUUCCAAAACACUCAAGGUUUGAUCUUCGUGGUGGAUAGCAACGACAGAGAUAGAGUUACUGAAGCAAGGGAUGAGUUGCAUCGCAUGCUGAAUGAGGAUGAGCUUCGAGAUGCUGUGUUGCUUGUGUUUGCCAACAAACAAGAUCUUCCCAAUGCAAUGAAUGCUGCAGAAAUCACAGACAAGCUUGGUCUUCAUUCCCUGAGACAACGCCACUGGUAUAUCCAGAGCACAUGUGCCACCUCUGGAGAGGGAUUGUACGAAGGACUUGAUUGGCUUUCAAACAACAUUGCUAGCAAGGCAUGAAGAGUAUGAAGUAUGAUGAAACAUUGUGGUGAGAGUUGGUGUUCUGGAUGCAGGUGGCUUUUUAUCUAGUCUUGUUUUUAUUCCCCAUGUUUUCGGAUUUAUUAUUAUUACCUUACCUUCAGAGGUUGAUAUUGUGUGGUUUUUAUUUUAUUGCAAACCUUCUUUUUUCUUCUUUAAAGGACAAAUCAAAUGUAAUGGUUUUAUUAAAUAGAGGAACUGUAAUACAUAUAUAUAUCUCCUUGAAAACA